GAGUGGCGCCUGGCGGCCCGUGGUGUCGCUGGCUCGAGGCUGCGCUGGUCCGCCGCCUUCCUGCCCUGCUCGGCCGCCCGCCUCACCGCCCGCCCGCCCUCCUGCCAUGCCGAACCGCAGGGCCAGCCGGAACGCCUACUACUUCUUCGUGCUGGAGAAGAUGCCGGAGCUGCGGCGCCGCGGCCUGCCCGUCACCCGCGUGGCGGACGCCAUCCCCUUCUGCUCCUCCGACUGGGGGCUCUUGCGGGAAGAGGAGAAAGAGAAGUAUGCAGAAAUGGCUCGGGAGUGGAAAGCAACUCAGGGGAAGGUCCCUUCGCCACCUGGGAAGCAGAAACUUGUUCCUACAACACUCCUAGAAUCAGUGAACCAGUUUCCCCCUGUGCAGACUCAGAAUGUUUCACUUCCAGAUGUCUCAAGCCUGUCUUUGAAGAGUGAUCAAGCUGUGCUUGGAAGUUUUUUUUACUUUUUGAACAUUUUUAGCCACGGAGAGCUACCUCCUCACUGUGAACAGCGCUUCCUCCCUUGUGAAAUUGGCUGUAUCAAAUAUUCACUUCAGGAAGGAAUUGUGGCUGAAUUCCACCGAUUUAUAGACCCGGGUGAGGUACCACGAGGAUUCCGGUUUCAUUGUCAGGCUGCAAGUGAUACCAGUCACAAGAUCCCUAUUUCUAACUUUCACUCAGGAGAUGACUAUGCAACUGUGUUACAAAACCUUUAUCGAUUUAUUUCUCCAAACCAAAGCAGCUGGCCACCUGUAUACUGCAAGUCUGAUGAUAGGUACAGAGUUAACUGGUGCUUGAAGCAUAUGGCAAAGAAAUUGGAAACCAGGCAAGAGCUAGAAAUCCUUAUCGUGGAGGACCUCAUGGUGGGAAUCUACCAACAAAAACUUCGUAAGGAGCCGUCAAAGACCUGGGUACGGAGCCUCCUGGAUGUGUCCAUGUGGGAUUACUCUAGCAACACAAGAUGCAAGUGGCAUGAAAAAAACGAUAUUCUCUUUUGUGCUUUGGCUGUCUGCAAGAAGAUUGCAUAUUGCAUCAGUAAUUCCCUAGGCACUCUUUUUGGAAUUCCUCUCACAGAAACUCAUGUACCACUCCAAGAUUAUGAAGCCAGUAGCAGUGUAAAUCCCAAAAUGGUGGUGCUGGAUGCAGGACGUUUCCAGAAACUGAGAGUUGAUAGUCCUCCUUUUUUAAACUCUUCUUAUCAGGAACAAAGAUCCAACAUGUCCACCUGUGACUUUCCGUCUGGGGUGAAAACAACUGGCAAGACAAGCAAUGUUCGGGGAAGAGGCAUCACCCGUCUGCUGGAGAGCAUAUCCAAUUCCUCUGGCAACUUCCAGAAACUUCCAAAUUGUGAGACUCCACUCUCUCCUUAUGUGCCCCAGAAGGACGAGUGCAAAUUUUUCUCCUCCUUAUCCUAAAAAUGGGACCUUUUUCAGUUUCUGCAAGAAGCAGCAGGCCCUAAGCCCCUUCCGUAAUCAGUACACUUGAGCAAACAAAUCUUCACAUUGAUUUUUCCUGACACUGGAGAAACUUUAAUUUGGAAAGAAAUCCUGUUCAUAAAUUAAAACUUGUUUGUAGUUUGGGAAGGAAUUGACAGCUUUGUUUUUUUUAUUAUUAUUAUUAUUACUAUAGCAUUUUAUUUUGUGAAUGUAUGGUGGGAAUAGUAUUAAAGUUUGAAGUGGCCUAUAAAAAAACAACCACAAGCCAGGUCUGUUGUUUUAAGAAGAAAGAAGUUGGGUUUGGGGGUGACUUUAUUAAGCGUGCCUUUGCCUGUGCCAUUGAAUAAAUAGAUAGCUGUCUGUUACCGUGGGAGUGAAAACAGUAUCGAUGUUCCCCAUUCCCCCUUUACAGCAUGUGAAGCUUUUCCUCUCAGUGAGGUCUGGGGCAUCCCCUUCUCCUUGUGAAUAUCCAGCACGGUCCGUAGCAGAGAAGAACUCCUCGCUCUGAACGCACAGCAGUCAAGUCUUUCAGAUGCGAACUUUGGCAGUGCAGAGAGUUUAUUAUUAGAAUGGAACAUUUUGUUCAUAGACAAACUAAGAUUUUUAUGCCUUUUGCAGUCUUUUUCUGAAAAUAGCGUCCUUUUUGCAUGUAUUCAUACCUUGUUUUUUCUGGAGCCCAUGGCCCAGCAGUGGGGGUCUCUGUACCUCAGCUUGUGGUGCUGGCAGUGAGCACAGUUAGUGCAGAUGAGAGCCAGGGACGAGCCUUGGAUUUCCACAGUGUUAACUCCAGUCAAGUUUCAUGCUGCGUGGUGUAGGCUGUUAGGUCAAGGACCCUGUAAUUCAAAUUCACUCCUGAGUGUCAGUAUCAUGAAAAUGGAGGUAAUUAUCUUCUUCCCAUUUGGGAGAAGAGUCACAGAGGGUGCUUCUUGCAGCGGUUUUCUGACUUAUAAACCUGAUGCUCUGCAGUCCUUAGGUUAUAGUAGGCUGAGAAGUCCGGUGAUUUGGGAAUCAAUUACUCCCUGCGUUCAAAGGGACAGCGCUCAAAUAUGAUGGGUGAGUGAAUGAAAAAACAUUCAUUAAAUGCUUAUUGUAUGCAGAGUGCUGUGCUAAUAAGUUAAGUAUAGAGAUACAAAUAGAAAAAGAUAGGCCUUGCUUUUAAGAAGCUUGCAUCCCAGUAGAGGAAAAGAACACUCACAAAAAGUUUCCAAGAGAGCAGGUCAGGUGGAAAGGCCCAAUGGUACUUAGAGCGCCACAGCAAAAAGGUUGAUCAUUCAUCUCUAGUGUUGUUUCCACUGAUAAAACCAUAUCUAUUUCUGAUGCAUAACCAUGUAAGCCAUUUAACACGUGAAGCUCAGGGAAAGCAUCUUUUCUCUCAUCCAAGUCCCAGCAUUUCCAUGUCGUGAAAAGGAGUUUCCGUGGGAAGACACUAUUCUUAAAGUAUCAAGAAAAUGCAUUUGUGAGAAUGUAGGUUAAAUUAAAAUUGCAGGUUAAAAUAUUCUAAAGUCAACUUUAUUUAAAAGUUAAUGUCAGCAUUAUUUGAGAUGGAGUUUCCAAACAAGGGUGUAGAAGAGGGAUUCCAACACACUUUACUCUUAAUCAACAUAGCUUUAGAAAUGACUAGAACAAAUUUAAGAAUACAAAUAUUGGCAAAGAGAAGACAAAAUUAUCGUUAUUUACAAGUGACAUGAUGGCCUACUUAGAAACCGAUAGCUACUGUAAAAUAGCAAGAUAGAAGAGCCACAAAAAUCACCAGCGUCUCUAUAUGGUGCUAACAGUUAGUGCUAAGGAACAGAAGCCUCCAGGGAAUGAACGUAAAUGUCAGAAAGAUCACGUGCCAAAGCUCACGUGCUUUACUCAUCGAGUGCUACCUCGGAGCUGUUUUGUUCUUCAUAUACGAUUCAGACCAGCUUGGCUUCCAAUUUCUUUGCCAAUAAGCAGAUAAUAGACCCCUACCAUGACCUUUUUUUACACCUCUCUCCAGCCUCCGUCUCAGUGGUAGGUACAUUGACACCAUCAAAGAGGGGCAAGCCCUUCCCUAGCCUCUAAGGGAAUUAUAUCACAUGCAGCACAGUACAGUAAUUAAUGGUUAUAAUGAGCCAGAUGCAUCUGAAUAGGUCAAAUUAUGUUGUUUCACCCUGCUUAUAAAGGUCAAGGCAGUAUGUAAUUUCCAUCAAAA